AUGGAAAAGCCCUCUCCGUCUUCCCUGAAAUUCUACCUGGGACUUAUCCUCUUUGGUCACCUGAUCAAACCGUCUCCUUCCUGCUUUGUGCGAAUACCUCUCAUCAUCUGUCAGAGGGCAUGGACCUCCGUCUUCCCUGAAAUUCCACCUGGGACUUAUCCUCUUUGGUCACCUGAUCAAACCCGUCUCCUUCCUGCUUUGUGCGAAUACUUCUCAUCAUCACUGUCAGAGGGGCAUGGAAAGCCCUCCGUCUUCCCUAAAUUCCCCUGGGACUUAUCCUCUUUGGUCACCUCAUCAAAUCCGUCUCCUUCCUUUUGUGCGAAUACCUCAUCAUCACUGUCAGAGGGGCAUAGAAAGCCUCCUUCCCUGAAAUUCUACCUGGGACUUAUCCUCUUUGGUCACCUCAUCAAACCCGUCUCCUUCCUGCAUGUGCGAAUACCUUCAUCAUCACUGUCAGAGGGCAUGGAAAGCCCUCCGUCUUCCCUGAAUUUACCUGGGACUUCAUCCUCUUUGGUCACCUCAUCAAACCCCGUCUCCUUCCUGCUUUGUGCGAAUACAUCAUCAUCACUGUCAGAGGGCAUGGAAAAGUCCUCCGUCUUCCCUGAAAUUCUACCUGGACUUAUUCUGUUUGGUCACCUGAUCAAACCCGAAAAGAAAACACCGGUAAAUACUUUCCGUCUCAAGAUUGACCAAAAGAAAAACACCGGCAAAUACCAGUCCGUCCAUCAGCCGUUCCAGGGCCGUGAUAAGACAAGUCCGUCUUCCCUGAAGGUUCUGCCCAAGGACAGAGAUUUGUCUGAAAAGAAAAAACCUGUAAAUACCAGUCCGUUCAAAGUGAAUUCCAGGCUCGUGACUGUCAGACAAGUCCUCCGUCUUCCCUGUGAAUCAAUCAGGGUUCUGUCUUGGACAGAGAUCAAACCCGUCUCCUUCCUGCACCGUGCGAAUACCAUCUCACCUGAUCAAACCUGUCUUUGUGUGAAUACCUCUCUGUCAUCACUGUCAGAGGGGCAUGGAUCCACCACGUCUUCCCUGAAAUUCCUCCUGGGUUUAUCCGUUUUGGUCACUUCAUCAAACCUGUCUCCUUCCUGCUUUGUGCGAAUACCUCUCAUCAUCACUGUCAGAGGGCAUGGAAAAGCCCUCAUGUCUUCCCUGAAAUUCCCCUGGGACUUAUCCACUUGUCACCUGAUCAAACCUGUCUCCUUCAUGCUUUGUGCGAAUACUCUCAUCAUCACUGUCAGAGGGCACAAGCCUCCGUCUUCCCCUGAAAUUCCACCUGGACUUAUCCUCUUGUUCAUGUCAAACCCAUCUCUCUUCCUGCUUUUGUGCGAAUACCUAUCAUCAUCACUCGAAUACCUCUCAUCAUCAUCACUGUCAGAGGGGCAAAGUCCUCCGUCUUCCCUGAAAAUUCCACCUGGGACCCUCCGUCUUCCUGAAAUUCUACCUGGGACUUAUCCUCUUUGGUCACUUCAUCAAACCUGUCCUUCCUGCUUUGGCGAAUACCUCUCAUCAUCACUGUCAGAGGGGCAUGGAAAGUUCUCCGUCUUCCCUGAAAUUCCCUGGGACUUAUUCUUUGGUCACCUGAUCAAACCCCAUCUCCUUCCUGCUUUGUGCGAAUAUUUCUCUCAUCACUGUCACAUGUCAGUCUUCCUGAAAUUCCCCUGGGCAUCACUUUGGAUCAAACCCGUCUCUUCCUGCGUGCAGGCCUUCCCAGAGGGGCAUGAAAUUCCACCACCUGGGACUUAUCCCUUUGGUCUCCAAACCCGUCUCCUUCCUGCUUUGUGCGAAUACCUCUCAUCAUCACUGUCAGAGGGCAUGGAAAGCCCUCCACGUCUUCCCUGA